UGAUGAAAAAAUCAAGAAAAGGAAUGGCUGCAUUUUGGAUCUGGUUCUUUAUAUCUGGAGGCGGUAUCUUCUUUGUCAAUUUUUAUCUAAACCUGAAACUAGCAGCUCACAAGCCUUGGAAUGCUUGGUCGGGCUUGAAUAUCUUUUCUGUAUUUUUUCUUUUUAUUGGAACUGCUCAGUGGAUCUUACCAAUUCUGUUUCAUCAUAUCACAUGCGAAAUACUUAAGGCAUUGUUUGAUGAUUUGCAUAAGAGGAUGUCUUCCCGUGUAUCUGCCGUCCCGACGGGUUUUGAGGCAUUCAAGAUGGAGCACCAUAAGCUAUGUGGAGUAGUCGCAUCUGCUGACAAAGUGCUUUCACCUCUACUUCUUGAAAUGGUUGGUCUGUACAUCCCAUUGCUGAUUCUCAAUUUAUACGAGAUAAUCAACUCACCAAGUGGUGCAGAAAAAUAUGAAUUUCUGGCGUCCAAUAUCUUCUGGCUACUAGUUUCAAUUUCUUUCUUAUCAAUGAUAAUGUUAACUGGCUCCAGCAUUUCUGAAAAGAUCAACAGCUUCAAAGGGAUUUUGCAAACUUUCCCCGUUUCAAAGGAGGACGAAGGGAAGUUACUGUUGUUUGUAUUGGAUCUUCAAGAUGAGCCAAAAGGUCUGUCUCUCGGAGGUUGUGUUAUCAUCAACAAAUCACUCUCCUUAACGAUUGUCGGAUUAAUCAUCUCCUACUUCACGGUGCUGUUAUCGUUGCCAAGAUGAUUGUCAGGAUUGAAUAUUUUGCUCUUCAGAUAGGGAUGGGAGCAGAAUCCAACAAAGAGAAUCCUACGCUUGCAUCAAAAGAGACAGUAACACGUUGUUUUAUAGAUGAAAAUUUAUUUCAAUUUGCCCUUCAGGAAAAUAAAACACGAGAAAACGUUUCAAGAAAAAACAAAUAAAAUAAGGUAAACGAAAUAAUUACAGUGAGCCCACCCACUUGGAUUUGAAUGGAGGCUCUUGUUUGAUUAUCUUUUCACUGCUUCGUCCAGAUGCCUAUAACACGUAUUGCUAUUAAGCUUGAAAACUUCACGAACUAAAGUCAAAGUGUUUGUGGCUCGUAUAAUUUUUUUGCCAUAAAGCAACAAUACGAUAUAACUGUAAAAUAAAUUUAUAUCGAACUCUAAUCACGGCAUGGAUUUUUGACCGAGAUCCAAAUCACACUCUUAAGAUAAUUUAUACCGCUGUUGAGGAGAUUAAACUUAUGUUGGUUUUCCCGUCUCGCAUAUGAAUAUUUAGGGUUUAAAAAGGAUAAAA